GGUACGGUCAAAUCACAUCGGAAAAUUCAACCGGAGAUCAAAUGGCAUUGCCGUCGAUCUCAUCAAUCGGCGCGACAGUCUCAAUCCUAAUCUAUUUCUCUCUUCCUUAUUCAAUCACAGCUGGUGAAAACAGCCUCCACCAAUCUCCCGCCGCUAGAUCACGACGUCCCAUGGUGUUCCCAUUGUUUCUCUCUCAACCAAAUUCUUCUUCGAGAUCCAUUUCAAUCCCACAUCGAAAACUCCACAAAUCCGACUCAAAAUCACUGCCUCACUCUAGCAUGAGACUCUACGACGAUCUUCUUAUUAACGGGUAUUACACUACGAGGCUUUGGAUUGGUACACCACCACAAAUGUUUGCUCUUAUAGUUGAUUCUGGAAGUACUGUUACUUAUGUUCCUUGUUCUGAUUGUGAACAAUGUGGCAAACACCAGGACCCGAAAUUUCAGCCAGAAUUGUCUAGCACUUAUCAACCUGUGAAGUGUAACAUGGACUGUAAUUGUGAUGAUGAUAAAGAACAACGUGUUUAUGAGAGAGAGUAUGCGGAACAUAGUAGUAGUAAAGGUGUGCUUGGAGAAGAUCUUAUUUCAUUUGGCAAUGAAAGCCAGCUGACACCUCAACGAGCUGUUUUCGGUUGCGAAACUGUUGAAACCGGUGAUCUUUAUAGUCAACGUGCUGAUGGAAUUAUUGGAUUAGGUCAAGGGGACCUUAGUCUUGUGGAUCAGUUGGUUGAUAAAGGUUUGAUAAGCAACUCUUUUGGUUUGUGUUAUGGAGGGAUGGAUGUUGGUGGAGGUUUGAUGAUUCUUGGCGGUUUUGAUUAUCCAUCUGAUAUGAUAUUCACGGACUCAGACCCUGAUCGUAGCAUUUGAUGAGGAAGCUGUAAGACCCUUAUAACUCUCUGAGAAUUGUUAAUGUUUGGUUAAGUUCCCGGUUUCUGUGUGCCUUUUCUUACAUUAGGCUCUUAUCUUAUUCUUUUGAAGAUAAUGAGAGAAGUUUCCCCCAUUGAAGCAGAUUGAUGGUCCUGAUCCAAAUUUUAAAGAUACUUGCUUCCUUGUCGCUGCAAGGUAUUUGUUGUCUCUUGCAAACUUGUGAUCUAUAUCAUAACUUUCAAUCAAGGGAAGUAACUGAC